AUGACAGUGAUCACACCUCUUUUUGCUAUGGUCAAUCGUCUAGGGCAGUUGGUGCUGCAGGACUGCUCAAAUCCGUCACCGCAGAUCCACUUCGAACUGCUUCGAUUGAUCGACCAACUUAAAGUGGCUGUGGAAACGCCGACAGAAACGGUGCAGCGUCUUAUCUACCAGCCUCCGCAAAAUGCUGCCCUGCGCUCCGUAAUUGAUUUGGGUAUUUUUCCGUUGCUGAUGGAAAAGCAGCAUCAAGAUGGAGGGGUCUCGGCUACUCAGCUCGCCGAGAACACCGGCGCCGAGCGGGAACUGAUUGGUAUGGCCCUACCCUGUUUCCCGUCGAAUGAGUACCACCGUGAGUAUGCUCGCUCGCCCAUGCAGUGGGCAGUGGGCCAGAGCCAAUUUGAUUGGCCGGCUAGUCGCAAGAAUCAGCAGACCUUGUUCAACUCGUACAUGGCCAGCCGGUGGCAGGGCCAACCCAUGUGGUUCGAUGUGUAUCCCGUGGAGAGGCUACUGGGCUAUGCAGUCCCCUAUGAGGACACUGUCUUCUUGGUUGGCAUUGGUGGCAAACAAGGCCAUGACUUGACUCGCUUCCGUCAGGCACAUGCCAAUCUGUCGGCCCCUUCAUGCGCUCGGGCGUAUUACUUUCGAGCGGUUUUCCACGACUGGCCGAACCACAUCUGCCAGCAGAUUUUGCGCAACACAGUGUCAGCCAUGGCUCCGGAUUAUUCGCGGAUCCUCAUCGUAGACUUUGUCUUGCCCGACACGGACGAGUCCUUGCUGCCGGCUUCUUUAGAUAUUCAGAUGAUGAGCAUCGGUGCUGGGGUCGAACGAUCGGAGAGCCAGUGGAGGGAUCUACUGCAAAGCGUGGGCCUGGAGAUCACUGGGAUUUGGAACCACAGCCCAAGCUCAGAGUCAGUGAUCGAGGCAGUCCCGAUGAUGGCGGGACAAGCUGAGGUUGAGUCGGCGGGAAGGGUGAGGUGA